UUUUUCCCUCAAUUUUCCCCCUGACUUUUCCCAACUUUUCCCCCAUUUUUCCCAUUUUUUCCCUCAAUUUUCCCCCUGACUUUUCCCAACUUUUCCCCAAUUUUCCCCUGACUUUUCCCCGGUUUCCCCUGUCCCUAAUCCCGGGAUUUUCCCGUUUUUCCCAGAAAAAGGACCCGGCCCAGUUCCUGCAGGUGCACGGCCGGGCCUGCAAGGUUCACCUGGACUCCGCCGUGGCCCUGGCGGCCGAGAGCCCCGUCAACAUGAUGCCCUGGCAGGGAGACACCAACAACAUGAUCGACAGGUUCGACGUCCGUGCUCACCUGGAUUUCAUCCCCAUGUACACCCCGGCCUUGCUCAGCCCCACCUCACCAGAGCAGGAGUCGGACGAGCGCAAAUGCAACUACGAGCGGUACCGGGGCCUGGUGCAGAACGACUUCGCUGGCAUCUCGGAGGAGCAGUGCCUGUACCAGAUCUACAUCGACGAGCUCUACGGGGGCCUGCAGAAACCCAACGAGGAUGAGAAGAAAAAGCUGGCGGAAAAAAAGGCUUCCAUAGGCUACACCUACGAGGACAGCACGGUGGAGGAGCUGGAAAAUUCCCUGGAAAAACGAGCCGGGGACGAGGAGGACUCCGAGGAAGACUCCAACACCGACGAGGACGAAGUGAUCCCGGACAUCGACGUGGAGGUGGACGUGGAUGAGCUGAACCAGGAGCAAGUGGCUGACCUGAACAAGCAGGCCACCACCUACGGCAUGGCCGAGGGGGAUUUCGUCAGGAUGCUGAGGAAGGACAAGGAAGAGGCCGAAGCCAUCAAAAACGCCAAGGCCCUGGAGGAGGAGAAGGCCAUGUACUCGGGCCGCCGCUCCCGCCGGCAGCGCCGGGAAUUCCGGGAGAAGCGGCUGAAAGGCCGGAAAAUCAGCCCCCCCAGGUGAGAUUCCCAACGUUUCCACCCCCAAUCCCAACCUUUUCAUCUCAAAUCCAAACAUUUUCUCCCCAAAUCCC